UAUUUAUUCCGCUGAGCGACAGGCGAAGAAGCGAAGAUGGCAGCGACCAUGAAAUCAUCCGUGGCAGUUGAAGAUGUGAACGUCACUUUUGAAGACCAGCAGAAGAUCAAUAAAUUUGCAAGGAACACGAGUCGGAUGACGGAGCUCAAAAAUGAGAUCUUGGAAAAAAAAAAAACACUUCAGAACUUGCAGGAUGCCAGCGACGACCUAAUGCUGUUUGAUGACAGCUCUCUAUUUAUCCCUUAUCAAAUCGGUGAUGUCUUUAUAAAUCACUCCCAGGACGAAACACAAGAGAUGCUGGAGUCUGCAAAGGAAACACUGGAGCAAGAGGUUCAAGACCUUGAGAAACAAGUGUCAGCGAUACAGCAAGUGUUGGGUGAUCUGAAGGUGCAGCUUUAUGCCAAGUUUGGUAACAACAUUAACCUGGAGGCAGAUGAAAGCUGAGCAGUGAAGGGGACUUUGACAGUUGACCCCAGUACGGACUUUUCCACAGAGCUCCUGUAUCAGAUUCACAACAUGCCAAAAAGACAUCCACGUCAAUGGCUUCAGUUUGGUUGCUUUGUUUAUUCACGCUGACGUGUCUGCAGUUUAGUUUUGAGAAACGUGUUCACAAGGUCGACAAAAUAAAGGUUUUGCAAUUAAAUAAAUGCAGUUCAUUUCUAAUGUA